GUUCAGAUAAUAUUUUAUACUAAAUAAGACUGUUUUAUUUACAUUAUUAAGUUUUUAUAUUUUUUCACGUUUUCUAUAGUAAACUCCCUAAAUCCUAAGUGACAGUGAGGUCACGUAACAGCCUUUGACCUUCAUCUGCAAAAUGGACAGUUCAUAGUUUUCCAUAAAUAGUGUGUAGUAAGACAGAGUAUUGUUUUAGUACUGAGCAAACCGGACUUUGAUCGUACAUACAUCAUCGAUUCUGUUUAAAUGUACUUUAUUAAAUGUAAUUAGAACGGAAGUAAAUACGUGUGGCCAUUGAUCAUUCGCCGUAAAGUCAAAAUACCUCACUUAUUGCUAAUUAAUUAAACGUUGUAUGCAUUAAGUCGCAGUGAAGAGUAUAAUUUCAUAUUUCACCAUUUCGCUUAACAACUAAACUAAACGUUAGUGAAUAUACUGCGCAGGUGGUUUUAUUCUCAAAUCAAGAUUAUCAAUAAAAGUAGCGUAAGGGGAAGAAAUUCCGAUAACGCAGUGAAAGGGGAAGAAACUCUGAGAUAACGCUGGUGUACAACGUAGAGAAAGGAAAGCAAUUCCGAUUACACACAUUAAGGAUAACGUAGUGGAAGGAAAGAGAUUGACUGCGUAGAUUGAUGGGAAGAAACUCUGAUAACGCAGUGUAGUGGAAGGAAUUUUGAUAACGCAGUGCAGAAACUUCUAUAACGCAGUGUAAGGGAAGGAACUCCAGAAAACGCAGUGUAAGAGAAGUAACUCCGUUAACGCAGUAACACAAGGGUGUAAACACAGACCUAACUCUAGUUCGAUAUGGAAAGUAAUGUUGAUGAGGACUUCUUAAAACUGCAGAAGCUCUUACGUGAAAGAGAUACCUGUACGAGUGAUGGGACGGCGCAACCAGGAGAACAAAGUCCGUCUGCUGUCGCAAAUCUCGAACCACCGCCUGCGUAUGAUACAAUUAACAGUGAAACGCAUCAAGACGUUGCACCGCCAUACUUUUAUAAACC